UAUUAUUUUAGUUUGAUUAAAAUUUUUGUUUGUGUACAAAUGAAACAUCAAUGGUUGUUUGGAAGUUUACCAAGUAUGAUUAUGCAGAAUCAAAUCGCUUGUCUGUGAUAUGGAUAAACGAUAACGCCAUACUCUGUACAAAUUGCAUCAUAUACGCAUAACCUUAACUCCACUAACCGCGAGCCCAAUUUACAAGAACAUCAAUGAGAUGCAAUGUUUGUUUCCUAAUAAAACAUUCUCCACACGAGUGCACCGCGUGCAUCGGAAAGAAGGGCGUGUUGUGGGCGCCAAGUGCUACUGUUUACUCAUGAUAACCUUUGCACCACCUUUAACUGCUAUAAGAAUUGGGCGUCUUGAGCGAAUCCUCGCAGUUUGCAGCACUGAGGUCUUGGAGCGAAAGGAAAUUUUUUAAAAUUCUUUUUUUUGACUUGGAACAAUUGGUUAACGAAAAUGGAUCAAAAGACGAACAUUCCUUUAGAAAACGUUGUUUUGGAUGAAAAGCCGGAAACUAAAAAAGAGGAUCAUUACGCAAUAGACUGGGAAGAUGACGACAAUUCAACCAAGUGGAGCGACAAAACUACCAAAGAAAAAAUCUUUGGGACAGUUUUUAUAAUCGUUAAGAUCAUUCUUGCAGUUGCCUGUCUUUAUCUUUUCAUCUGUUCGAUUAGUAUGCUCGGUGAUGGCUUUCAAAUAUUAGCUGGUAAAACUGCUGGUGAAGUUUUCUCCAACGAUUCGUUUCUCUCAAAUCCUCUCACUGGUUUAAUCAUCGGGAUUCUUGUGACUGCUCUAGUUCAAAGCUCUUCUACAUCAACAUCAAUUGUCAUCACUAUGGUAGCAUCUGGAAUUCUUCCAGUACACAUCGCGAUUCCAAUUAUCAUGGGCAGCAACAUUGGAACUUCUGUCACAAACACAAUUGUUGCUAUGACACAAUCGUUGGACAAGAAUGAUUUUAGAAGAGCAUUCGCGGGAGCCACUGUACUUGAUGUUUUCAACCUUCUGACUGUCCUAGUAUUCUUUCCAUUAGAAAGAGUCUCUGGUUACUUGGAAGUAACAACGGGUGCAAUUAUCGACUCUUUUAACAUUCAAGGUGGCAGCGAUACACCUGACCUACUGAAGGUAUUGACUGACCCAGUAGUCCUUGGGAUUGUGCGAAUCAAUGAUUCUGUUAUAUCGUUAACUGCACAAGACAUUCCACUGGAAGCCGGCUCCAGCAUGAUUGACUUGUGGUGUGAGCAAACAACAGCCAUCCUGAACAGGACAACCCUGGUAAACGUGAGCAUGCCACUGAUUACUGAACAGCAGAACACCGCUACCGUCAUAACUCCAAUAAAUCAAUCUAUCAGUGAAACUGUGCUUGUCGGAAUCAGAUUAUGCAAAUCUCCGGACGACUUUUUAUUUGCAAACACUGGUCUCUCCGAUUUAGAAGCUGGAAUAAUAAUUCUCGUCACAUCCCUCAUCAUCCUAACUUCAUGUCUUAUUCUUAUGGUUAAACUUUUGAACUCGAUGAUGCACGGAACAGUUUCAAGACUCAUCAAGAAAGUGAUCAAUAUAGACUUUAAGUACCCGUUCGGAUGGGUGGCAGGUUACAUUGCUAUCCUUGUCGGAGCUGGUCUUACCUUUGUAGUACAAAGCAGCUCCGUGUUUACCUCGACACUGACACCUCUGGUCGGUAUGGGAAUGAUCAGCCUGGAACGAAUGUAUCCACUCACCCUGGGUGCAAACAUCGGCACCACGACCACGGGCAUCUUCGCAGCUUUAGCCAGCGACCCAGACCGACUCGAAUAUUCAUUGCAAAUCGCUCUCGUCCAUCUCUUCUUUAACGUAAGCGGAAUUGCGCUGUGGUAUCCGGUUCCGUUUCUACGACGUAUUCCGCUGAAGGGAGCGAAGGCAUUGGGAAACACGACGGCAGAAUAUCGGUGGUUCGCCGUGCUCUACAUCCUGUUCGUUUUCUUCCUUAUUCCACUUCUGCUGCUCGGUCUCUCAUUUGCUGAUUUCUGGGCCAUGAUGUCUUUUGUCAUUCUUGUCCUCGCCAUCUUGUUUUUUGUGACAGUGACAAACCUGUUGCAAACACACCGACCGCAGUGGUUGCCAGCUGUUCUUCGUAGCUGGAAAUUUCUGCCGGAGUGGAUGCGCUCUCUCCGACCGUACGAUACUUUCUUCACAAAAUACCUCCUUUGCCAAUGUUGUUGCAAACCUCCAGUAGAUUCAGAUAGCGAACUGAGUUCAUCAGCUUCUUCAAUAGAUGGUUGCGACAACGAAGGGUUCGACGCUGGUUUGGAAAUCGUGCUUACCAAACUGUAAUUAUAACACAGCGGUUGCUAAUUUGUUUUUAAUGGAAGUCACAUAAGUUGUUUUUCCCGACACCUAUUUUAUUGGACAAGGGGUAUAGGCGUCACAAGAAUAUAGUUUAGCCUAUUUUAAGAGUAUCAUAUUGCACAUAUGUAUCGUAUGAGCAUCGUAUGCGUAUUAAAUCGCAAGCUGCUACAUUUCGCUUUGAAAUUGAAGUUCACCAAUAAAAAGACAUUUAGUAUUUUUAGCAAUCUAUAAAACUGUUCCGCAUGUUUUCUCGUUAUCAAUACAUAAAUAUGACGCACAUCAGAAAAAA